CUCCCAAAAAUACAUAUAGUCAUAGCCAUCUCUCAUUGGAAUGUAUGUAUGCGAGUGGCUAACAGAGAGAUCGGAGAGCGAGAGAGAUGGGAAGAAGAAAGCUAUCGAUACGGAGAUUGCAGAGUGGGAGAGAGAGGCAAGCGAAGUAUUCUCAGCGGAAGCAAGGCAUUCUCAGAAAAGCCAACGAUCUCGCUGUUCUCUGUGACACCGAUGUCUUGCUCCUCAUGUUCUCGCCCACCGGCAAGCCCUGCCUCACCGUCGGCCAAAACAAAAAUCUGCUUACGGUCAUGGAGAGGUUAGCAAGCCUAUCCGUGGAUUAUCGAGAAGAAAGGGCUGCCUACACCUUGGAACUAUUAGCCAAAAUGCACAGGAGACUCAACUCUGAUGUGGAUCAAAAGAACUUCUCCCUUGACAGCAAUGAAAUCCUCCAACUGAAAAGAUCUGAAUUGGAACAGCUGAGAAGCCAACUAGCCGAAAAGAGCAAAGCCAUGAGGGACUGGAAGUUUCCAUCUACUGUCAAUGAUUUGGGACAAAUCCGGAGGAUGGAGAACUCUCUUUCUGAACUCAUGGUCAGAGUCAGAGCAAAAAAGAGGGAAUUUCAAGAGCAAGAGGAGGUGCCGGAGUCAAGUCUUCCAUGAAGCCUUUCAGCCAAGAAUUGAUUCAGAGAAUGAAUGUUGCUGUGACUCUGAAGCAUCAGCAAGAGUAAAGUUUCUUACUUGCAUUAAUAAUUCUCAUGGACAUCUUAUGUGUUUGGAAGAGAGAAAUUAUGACAUGUUACUAUUUAAUGCUUUCUAGAAUGGUUUGGAGUUUGGAUUU